AUGUCGGAAGAUCCCUUCCUCCAAGUCCAAUCAGAAGUCCUCAACACCCUCCAAACAAUCCGACCUCUCUACUCCUCCUUCCUCCGCAUCCGCUCCCUAACAACCUCCCCCUCCAACCCCGAACUUAUCCAAUCCCGCACAGAACUCGAAACAACGCUCGAGGAUUUACGCGCCGAUCUAGCAGAUUUACGACAAUCCGUUCGCGCAGUUGAACUUGACCCUUACCGCUAUGGCCUUGAACUCGAUGAGGUGGAGCGCAGGAGGGAGUUUGUGCAGGAUCUGGGACGCGAGGUUGAUGAUAUGGCCGCUGAGAUUGGGAGACAACCGGUAGCUAGCACUACGACAAAAGGAAAGAAUGCGCUUCCGAACCCGUCCGAGUUUGACGCUUUGUCGCCGGAUAUAGAUGAUAAACUUGAUGGUGGGGAAGGCGAUGAUGACUAUUAUGCAAACUUCGAGCAGCAGCGGCAGGUUGAGUUGAUGGCAGCUCAGGACCAGCAGUUGGAUGGUGUGUUCAGGACGGUGGGCAAUCUGCGACAACAGGCGGAUACGAUGGGGCGAGAGCUAGAAGAUCAGGCCGUUUUGCUGGAUGACGUGGAGGGUCUGGCGGAUACGGUUGGAGGGAAGUUGGCGAGUGGGAUGAAGAGGAUUAAGACUAUUGUGAGGAAGAACGAGGAUACGUAUUCGACAUGUUGUAUCGGAAUACUUCUUGUCAUCCUCGUCCUCCUGUUCAUCCUAUUACUUGUGCUGUGA